AUGAUGAUGAAUAGGAGUCGGCUGAAACGAGCCACUUCGCUGACUUGGGGCGGCUUGCGAGUAGUCGGAAGUCGCCCCAGUCAGGCGAGAUCAGUGUAUAUAGCAUCUGGAAGUCGGCAUAGAAAGAGGCAGUCUCAGUCUUCGCCACAGCUGGCGAGUGGAAAUGGUAUCGAUACACGGUUAAAAGGCAAGCUCGACAGCUUAGCAAAAGAAAGUAAAGAUUUCGAGAGCAGGAUAAAACAGAUCCAGGCUUAUACUGCUGUUUUACGAAGAUACAUUGCUGAAAAAGACGAGGCUCUAGUCAAAGAGCAGGCUGCCGAGAAGGAGAAGUUAGUAGUCGAUUCAAGAGCGUCAGAAAAAGAGCUGGAGUCUCUAGAAAAAGCCCUUGAGAUAGAUUCUGAGACGGACAUCAAUAGAGGAAUCAAGAAUAGUAAAGUUCAGACACCACAGCUGUCUGGAUCAGAGGAUCCAUUGCCAGUUAAGCUGAGUGGACUUGGUUUGUUUGCAAACCCCGCUUCGUCGGUUUCCCUACCAGCUUCGAUCCUUAGUCGUCUUGGAAAUAGUGUUGCAAGUAUCUCAUCUUCACAUUCUCAAGACCAGAACUGGUUAAAAGUUAUUCAUUCACUACAGACAUUCGGCGGACUACAAGGUCUGGCGGUAGGGGAUGUGGACAAACUGAUUCAAAACAUCCCUCUUGACCAACGAUCUUCUAAUCAAAUCAUGCCACUAAUACAUCAAAUGAUGGCAGAAGCCAACAUCAAACCAUCAAAACUGACUCUGGAUUUGACCAUGGCAGCUUAUGCCCACAAGGGAGAAACAGAUCAAGUAGAACUGUUCAUGAAACAAAUGCAGACUGAUGGAUUCACUCCUGAUGUGUAUACUUAUGGACAUCUAAUUAAAAGUUACGCCAAAAACAGAGACCUUAAAAAUGCAUCGCUGAAACUCCAUGAAAUGCAAUCACUAAACAUCACUCCAUCGCUUCAGAUUUACACAACUAUUCUUCAAACUUGCAUCCGUGUAAAUGACUUUGACGAGGCGUUCAGAGUGUUUGAUUUGCUCAAGUAUAUGUCACUUGAAACGCAACCAGACCUGAGAAUUUACAACUCACUUCUGCUUGCUGCUGCUAAACAGCACAACAUUGAAAAAGUUCUCGAUCUUCUUGCGGAAAUGACGACAAGACCACUAAACCCACUGGAGCCAAAUGCUGAGACGUAUAAUACAUUGAUCUUUGCAUGUGCCAGAGAUGAGAGAACCCAUAUCCAAGCUUGGAAGUAUCUUAUUGAGAUGAAAGAAAAGGGGUUUGACAUUGACCGCAAGUCAAUUAACGCCCUGCUGUACUUGUGUGGAGAAACUGGCGAGGUGUUGCUGGCAAGAGCCAUGUUUCGACAACUGUGCACCAACCCCAUGUCAUAUCCAGACUCGUUUGCAUUCAACUGUUUACUCAACUCCUACUCCAACUACAAACCAGGCAUAUUCUCUCCGGUCAUGGCCUCGGAACUAGGAACCAAGAUCCGGUCAAGUUUUUUUCUCAACGACCAUCUAGCAUCUUUCUCAGAUCCCGACGCAUCUGUAUCGAUGCCACCGUUUAUUCCUACCACAAUGCUCCACUCGCACGUUCAAGUGCUAGCAGAGUCAAAAGCGCUUUUUGACUUCUUCACUGACUUUAUGCCGUCUAUGAUCAAUGCCAAGGUGAUUCUCACGUACCUCAAAGUGCCAUUCAAGCUAGGCUAUUUCAAGGAGUUCCGCUCACGUUACAGAGAUCUAACCUUUUUCGAUAAACCAGAAGAAGCAGACAAUCGUGGAAUUCUAGUCGAAGAGCCCGAAGAGCCCGAAGAGUUAGAAAACUCUGAUAUUUCUACAUCUGAUGAGUCUGCCGUUGCUAUUGACCGCUCCUUCAGGGCUAUCCCCCGCAACUGGAACACCUACGACCUUGCUAUCAAAGCGGCUGUUGCUGCUGGUAACAUGAACUUUGCACAAAAAGUGUGGAUGGAAAGAGGACUGUAUCGCCGGACUCCGGCAUUCAAACAGUUGCCCGAGAAAGUACGCAAGAGCUCUGACUUUGCCUUUGCUCAGAGUAUGGUGGAACUACACACAAAGUGCGGUGACAUUGAUCAGGCUCUCAAACUGAUCCGCUCCACUAUCAAACUAUUCCACUGGAAGAAAUACCAGGUGGCUGAUCUCAUCAACAAGAUCGAAGAAAUGGAGGACGAGCAGUCCCGCAAAGAGCUGAUCCACCUCCUGGCCAGCUACCACCGCGCCGAGCAAACAUCCUCGCAAUACUACCACAUUUUAGACAAACACAACCCACGCCCACGAACCUCAGCCGAUCAACCUUGA